CUAGCCUAAAAUUGAAGGUGUGAGCAACAAUUUUUUUAACAAAAUAUAUAUGCACAUAAAUAUUUGAUAUUAGGUUUUAUAUGAACGGCAGUGUCGCUGCGGUUAACUUCGGCGACGUCGUCGGCGAUUUCUUUCCUCCUUCUGUCGACGUCGAAUUACAGAUUGAAAGAAGCAGUGAUGAAACCACAAUCGGCAUCUUCUUCACUGAAGAACCCAGUGAAGUUCAGAAUGCCAACAGCUGAGAAUCUUGUUCCUAUCCGUCUCGACAUCGAAAUUGAUGGCCAAAGAUUUAAAGAUGCUUUUACUUGGAACCCCAAUGAUCCUGACUCAGAGGUGGUGGUGUUUGCGAAGAGAACUGUGAAGGAUUUGAAACUUCCUCCUGCUUUUGUCACUCAGAUUGCUCAAUCCAUUCAGUCACAGUUGACAGAAUUUCGGUCAUAUGAAGGACAAGAUAUGCACACUGGCGAGAAAGUUGUUCCCAUCAAGCUUGACCUCCGAGUAAAUCACACAGUUAUCAAGGACCACUUUUUUUGGGACAUGAACAAUUUUGAGAGUGAUCCUGAAGAAUUUGCACGAACAUUUUGUGAAGAUAUGAAAAUUGAAGACCCAGAAGUUGGACCUGCAAUUGCCAUAGCAAUUAGAGAACAGCUUUAUGAGAUUGCAAAGCAAAGUGUCGCAUCCGCGAGAGAAAGCAGGGCUAAUAAGAAAGGACGCAGAGGAAUGGAACAUCCCUCAGCCAGUAAAGUAGGUUUGCCUGCACUGGACCUGGGCAAGCUAUUUAGCAUAAAAUCAAGUGUCGUCCGGAAGAAGAGGGACGCUGAUGCAUAUGAACCAAUUGUCGAUCACCUGUCAAAUGAAGAGGUGGAUGCCCUCGAGGCUAAGGAAGAGAGGUCUGCUCGGUGAUUCAGACAAUGUCUGUUGGAAUGGGUACCAGCAGUGUAAAGGGGAACUUGUUUAAAGUUUUAGAAUGAUCCUAGUCGUAGUAUAAGCCAAAAUCCCGUGUUGUAGAUAAUGUUCAGAUUUUUGCAUUAAUCUGGAGAUCACAGUUACUUCUGUUUAUCAAAAGGAAAUAUGGAACAGCACUUCUGUGCUAAUCUAUAAGUUGUUUCUCCUA